AUGGGAAGUCAAAGGUAACGGAAGCUGGUAGCUUCUUCAAUCACAUAUCACGUUGAAAUAACAAGUUCUUCUCCAAUUUAUAAACUCCAUUUUCUUCAACGUGCUCCCUUUGAAAUCCAUUGAUCCCCAAGGUUUCUAGGCGUCAUGUUAUUGAUCUGAACCCCAUAGCUUGAACGUUGGUGAACCCUGCAGUUUUUUGCUCCCUUCACUGCAAGCUCACUUUUGAAGCCAUACCCAGAUCCCAUUGCUCUAUCUUGUUCACAAAAAAAAAAAAUGAAACUUUCUACCAAUAGUGGACUUGACUUGGAAUAUGGCAAGUUGGACAAGAAGAGUGAGAAGCCUUUAAGAAAUAGUGGGGUAGUUAAAGUUCACAAUCAAGCUUUAUUAUCUGGCCUUGCCUAUUGCCUUUGCUCUUGCAGCAUGAUAUUGGUUAACAAGUUUGUACUUUCCAGUUAUGAUUUUAAUGCUGGGAUAUUCUUGAUGUUUUAUCAGAAUUUUAUUUCAGUGAUUAUUGUUUCUACAUUGAGCCUUUUGGGCUUAAUAUCAACUGAACCACUAACUUGGAGAUUGAUUAAGGUCUGGUUGCCUGUGAAUGUUAUAUUUGUUGGAAUGCUCAUCACGAGUAUGUUUAGUUUGAAAUACAUUAAUGUAGCUAUGGUGACAGUGUUGAAGAAUGUUACUAAUGUCAUAACUGCCCUUGGUGAAAUGUAUUUGUUUAAGAAGCACCAUGACAGCAAGGUCUGGACUGCAUUGUUUCUAAUGAUCAUAUCAGCAAUAACUGGAGGGAUUACUGAUCUCUCUUUUCAUGCAACUGGCUAUGCUUGGCAGAUACUUAACUGUUUCUUGACUGCAUCAUAUUCUCUGACCCUACAAAGGGUCAUGGAUACGGCAAAGCAAGUUACAAAAUCUGGAAAUUUAAACGAGUUUUCAAUGGUUUUGUUGAACAACACCCUUUCUUUGCCCUUGGGAAUUUUCCUGAUUGCUGUUUUCAAUGAGGUGGAUUAUCUCUUAAGAACGCCACUUCUGAGAUUACCUAGUUUAUGGUUGGUGAUGACCUUUAGUGGAUUUCUGGGUCUGGCAAUCAGCUUCACAUCCUUGUGGUUUCUUCAUCAGACAGGGGCUACAACUUACAGCCUUGUAGGUUCGUUGAACAAGAUUCCACUUUCACUUGCUGGCAUUCUUCUCUUUAAAGUUCCUACUAGUUUGCAGAACUCUGCUAGCAUUUUGUUUGGUCUUCUGGCAGGUGUCUUUUUUGCCAGAGCCAAAAUGCGGGACAGAACUCAAUCCUGAAGAGCUGUAAAUGCUAUGUUUUUACAUGAUAUAAGUUUGCACUUCGCACUUGAAGGAAGCUUUCCCCUUCAAGUUAUGGGUGAAGGUGGAAGUUCAAUGCAGGUCUGUUUGGCAUCCUCAAGAGCUGGGAUCAGCUAAACCAAUUUCCACCACCCUUUAAAUACUCAAUUUGGGUGUGCUACUUGGGGUGGAUGAUUAUUGCUUCUUGUCCAUACUGAGCAUUUCUUUCACUGAAAAUGUGAACUUGGGACUCGGAGGUUUUUGGUUCAUGUUCAUAUGGAACUUCUGGGGGGAGUAGCUUCUUGGGUUGGCAAUAGCUCGCAUUGGGAGAAAAAAUUGCCACUAACCUUUUUUUCAGUUUGAUUCUGUUUCAUGUAACUUCAAUGUUCCCAUGUAUCAGUAUGCUUGUUGAUUAGUUUAAGGGAUUAAUGUUUAGGAGAUAAUUUAUAUACAGAUAAAAGUAUAUGGGGUCUAUAUGGAGGCAUGUGAGAAGAAGAAAGAGAAAAAGAA